AUGUGUGCUGUUGACCAAAUUGUCAAGAUUUCUGAUUGGAUUCUUGCCAUCACAUUUUAUGAACUUGACUCACCAUCCUGUGAUUUGAUUCCCAACAUUUUACCGAUUGGUCCAUUACUUGCGAGUAAUAAUUCAAGGCAUCUAGCUGGAAGCUUUCGGCCUGAGGAUUCAACUUACUCAAGCUGGCUUGACGAACAGCCGAUAGGCUUAGUCAUUUAUGUUGCAUGGGGCAGCACAGGCACCUUAAAUCAGCAACAAUUUGAUGAAUUAGUAAUUGGUCUUCAAUCCUUAGGCCAACCGUUUCUGUGGGUUAUUCGUUCUGACACCAUGCUGGGAUCAGUUGCUCCUCGAUAUCCAGAUGGUUUUGAAGAGAGAACAGGCGGUCGAGGAAAGUUUGUUGAAUGGGUACCUCAAGAAAAGGUGUUAGCUCAUUCUUCCGUUGCUUGGUUCAUUGGUUUAGAAUUUAAGCGAGAAGAGAAUGGGAUUGUACAAAGGCAUGAAAUACAGACAAAGGUCACAAGAUUGCUUAACGAUGAAAAUAUUAAGGAGAAUGCAUUGAAGCUAAAGGUAAGGGCUACUAAAUGUCUUGUUGAAGGUGGAUCAUCAUGUCAGAAGUUUGAGAAAUUUAUUGAUGAAAUAAAGUCUCUUUGA